AUGGUCCCUGCUCCAGGGGCCCCAGGCCCUCCCCGGGACUCUUUAGGCUCCUGCCCGAGAGUCCCGACGUGCGAGGGGACCUCGUCUAAGGCUUCGGACUGCUUACAGCCCUCGUCCUCAUCAUCCUUCCAGCUCUCCUCGCGGCUAUCGACGGCGACCUCAGGGGCGGAGAGGUCGCCGCUGUGCCAGGCCCCGAAGCGCGGGAUGGCGGCCGCCGCGCUGCUGGAGGCCGGCCUAGCCCGGGUUCUCUACUACCCGACACUGCUGUACACUCUGUUCCGCGGGAAUAUGCCCGGCCGGGGCCACCGCGACUGGUACCACCGCAUCGACCCCACCGUGCUGCUGGGCGCGCUGCCGCUGCGGAGCAUGACAAGGCGGCUGGUUCAGGACGAGAACGUGCGCGGGGUGAUCACUAUGAACGAGGAGUAUGAGACGAGGUUCCUGUGCAACUCCUCAAAGGAGUGGAAGAAAGUAGGAGUUGAGCAGCUGCGGCUCAGCACGGUAGAUAUGACUGGCGUCCCAACCUUAGCUAACCUGCAGAAAGGAGUCGAGUUUGUUCUCAAGUACCAGUCACUGGGCCAGUGUGUCUACGUGCAUUGCAAGGCUGGGCGUUCCAGAAGUGCCACCAUGGUGGCAGCGUAUUUGAUUCAGGUACACAACUGGAGUCCAGAAGAGGCUGUAAGAUUCAUCACCAAAAUCCGGCCACACAUCCAUGUCAGACCUGGCCAGUUAGAAGUUCUCAAAGAGUUCUAUAAGGAGAUUACUCCAGGGGCAGCAAAGAAUGAGGCUAGUCACACAUGAAAGGCAUGAAGUACAUGGAUUAGAACUCAAGACAAUCCUGCUUGCUACAGAAUAAAAAAGUUUAACAGGACCAGAGGGGCUUAACCCAAGAUUUGACAUACGAAAACUGUGCUAAGUAAUGGAUAAUUUUGCGUCCUUUGUCUUGUUUCAUUUUCCUGAAAUAACACUGUUUAAUGGCUAGAGAGGAGCGAUUUAGCGUGGCCUUUAUUCAUGCGGUAAGGAACAUGGGCCAGUGAUGGGGGUGUCUUAUUUUUGUGAAUGGGGUUGAAGAAAUAUUAAUUUCAACAAAAAAACUGUGCACCUAAUGUUGUGCCUAAUGAUAUUUAUCACCAAAACUUGAAGAUAUUUAACCUAGGAAAAGAGGAGAAAUACUCAGCCCCGGCCCUUUGCCACUGUCAGGAUCCUGAUUUCACUGGCCCUGGGGGCUCCUCUUAUACUUUUGGAGCAGUG